CUAGCUGUUUCUGGCCACAGAGUUUGCGAGAGCUCUCGCCUCAGACAGUCGUUCCUCGCAUACGAUGUGACGAAGAAUAGAUGGUCCAGUACGGAUUAUUCUCACAUGCAUGGCAGCCUCCGAGCAAGAGUUUUGCAUCAUUUUGCUCUUUCUCUACUACCCUUUCGUUAUCCUCCAAUACUCCUCCUCGAAAGGCAUGGGUGUUCGAGGUAAUAGCUUCUCUUUUGCAACCUCUACUGUCUUUGAGUCUGCAAUGUUAAGCGCUCUUGACUCCCGUCCCAGGAUACCAGUGUACGAACCGUAAAGUUCGGUUCUUCGGCACGUACGGCCACAGUCAACUGAAGAAUGGGAAUCCUGUCCGCUCU